AUGCGUUACACACACCUGGACACAGGUCCAAUAGAGACCCUCCCAAAAACAAAAUCGAGGUCCGCGCCGUUCGGCAGCAGGAGGCGCGCUGCGCGAAAGCUGAAUCAACACAAAACGAAGUUUGAAGAGAGGACGGGGCAGCCGUAUGGUUGCCACGCCAGCAGAAGAUAACACGCGGCGCGCUAUCGAACGCGGCAGCCUCACCGUCGUACAGAGCACGCUGGAGGAAACGAAGGAGGAGUUGGUCAAAAGUAACAAAAUUGUGGAAGAGAGCCAGGCUCAACCUCGCUGCCGCCGC